AAUCUGUUACAGGCUGGAGUGUGCUUAUCCUUCUUCACCCACACUUCUUUCUGCAGUUCCUACACCAACUACAACAUAUAAAUGUUUGCUGUCGGAAACCUUUGCGCGUAUGCAUUAUUGUUUAUCUUCCUUUUAUGUAUUAAGUAACGAAAACAAGGCAAAAAUGCGAAGAUUGUACGGUGUUAGUGUUUAGGUUGUUAGUGGUGUGUGUGUACUUGAUAAACAUGAAUUUUGGAGAUGCACUGCGGACCACAUCACUCGCCCAGGUCGGGCACUUCAACAACUUAGUAGCCACUGCCCCUCCGCACCACUGUCUCAGUCACUUGCCAUAGCUGGAGAGAUUGGUGCAAGACGGGAAACAGGUGGAGAGAGAGGUGCCAAGGGAAGGUUGUGGAAGUGUGAGUAAAGGAAACAUGUUUCGUGAGCUCCGUCGGAAGUCCCUGCAGCUGGAGCGCGGUGCCCUGGAUAAGUUUAGAUCUGAGAGACGAGGUUCUCUCUCGGAGAAAACGGAUAAGACGACAACAGCAGCAGGUAGCAGCCACCACCACCACCACCACCACGCUCCUUCAGCUCACCAUCACCACGAGAAAUCUGAACGUAGAGGAUCCAUAGUUGUCAGAUGGUUCCGGCACAUUCAAGAAGCCCAAGAAGCGUAUACAGCCAGAGAUGGACGUAACCGUCGAUCACAUCCCCAGACACCUGUACAAGACACGGAUGAUCAACCUCCAUCCUCUGCUGAUGCCCUCAGAGAUGUUGAUGAUGGUGUGGAUGAUGGUGGAGAAUCAACAGAAAACACAAAUGAUGCUACUGAUGGUAAAAUUCAAGGUACAUCCAAAUCUGCAGAGCAGAUUAGCAAAUCUGAUGAUCCAUUGUCUACUUCCUCAAGCACAGCAACAGCUCAGCCUCCAGUAUCGCCAGACACACUUGCAAAGAAAACAGCAGAGGCGGGCGGGGCAAGCAGCAGCAGUAGCGGCCCAGGUGGCCCCUCCCCCUCGGCCGGCCGGAGCCCCGCCUCUGGCCGCCGUCUACAGGAGGUCCAGAUCAUCCAGAUCGUGGAGGGCACGACGCUCAUCCAGCCUUCCGAGGUGAAGGUUUCUCAGGGAGUGGUCCUCUCUGCAGAGCCUGUCCUCACUCCCAUAGAGCAUCUACGGCGAAAAGACUUAAAAAUUCGCCAGGCAUUGGAGGAAAAGCAACAUAUUAUUGCUGACAUCCUAAACAUUCCGCACGAGCACUUUGAGAAUGUCGUUGACAUGGCAGGAGAACCAGCAGUAGGCAACAAAGAGCCCAGAGAGUUGGUCUUAGCUGCUAUGUUUCAAGCCAAAUGUUUGCAGGAGACGCUUAAUGAGGCCCUAAACAUUAGUGAAGGAGAUAUUGUGGCUGCAAGAGCUAACAAUGAUAGUGCUAACAAGGCUACCAGUUUACCCUUGUAUCAAGCACCAAUGACUAAACUUUUAACCAUUUCUACAUCAUUGUCUCAACAACUUUCUUCUUUACUGAAUCUGGUGUCUGAGAGAGAUGAUGAGCGAGAACGUAUGCGUAAGGAACUAGUAGCAUCAAGGGAAAGGCUACACCAUCUUCAUAUGAAGCAAAAUUCUGUAUCAAACCAAACCAUGUCAGAUAAUACCCAAAGUCAAAUUGCUACUGGCAUUUCAUCAAUAGUAUCAGCAGGUAUAACCCUUCCCCCAACCACCUCACCACACACCUCCAGACCAAGUUCUUUUGUGUCAGUUACAUCCUCUACAGCAGAUCAUUCUGACACACCAGAUCAUCAUGAUACAGAUGAAGAUGGUGGAAGCGAAAUAGCCAAGACCAACAGUUCACAGCCUGAGGAAUGUGAAGAUUCCAAAGAAGAUUAUGUUCCAGAGACGUUUGAGGAUGCAGCGAGUGGAUCUGAGGCAACAGAAAUGAAGCCUGAAGAGGUGGAAGGUUCUUCACAAGGUCAAGAGAGCAGUGAAGAAGGCAGAGGGCUUGAAGGCAGCACAGAAACCAUUACCACCUGAGGACUAUAUGACGGUGGAUGCGGUGGAGUGCUUCCUUCUUGGUUGUUUUACUGAUAUUCCCUACUGCAUUGUUUGGGGAAUAUGUCAGAACUGUUUGCCUCUACUGAUGCCUUAGCAAUGUGGCUGUAGUAGGCAGAACAGAGGCAUGAAGGAGGCAGGUGCCAGGAACCAUGGCAGUAUGGCUCACUGCUCCCCACUCUCCCAUCCUUGUGGAGAUUACUUGUCAGAACCACCACUAAACUGAACAACACAUACAGGCUGGACUGUUUUGGUCAGGGACCUGAGCAUAGCAACACAAAAUAUAUUUUUUUUCCUGUGUAUGAUAUUGUAAAUGAAAAGAGUAUUAAAUUGAUAUAAUUAUUUACUCCUGAUAUCAAGAUGAUUGACAGUGGGCAUGUUCUACAUAAGAAUCUAAGCUGGCUGGACACAGCAUCUGGUGUGACCAAUCAGCAGAAAGUGUAAAUAGAACAUUGUGGGCAUGUGGUGUAACUCCUUAAACCAGAAUACCUGAUGCUAGCACAGGGGGGGGGGGGUUGUCUUGAAAGUGUAAGGUACAGUAUACAUCCAGGCUGUUUCCCAAUUACAAGCUGAUAUCAUCAACAGGCAUAGGUUCCUGUAGCAUGUGGAGCCCUCAAAUAAGGUUGUAACAAACAAGAUUCCAUAAAAGAAAAUAUUGAUUUUGGGAAAUGAAAGUGUUGAAGUAAUUGUUUGGUUGUAAUUACCAUUAAUGUUGUCAGAUUUAUAAUAUGUAUACAGUAGACCUCAUUUAUGUAUCCUUUUUCUGCUACUGUUCCAUAGUUUUCUUACCUCCAUAUCAGUAACCACAUGCUACAGUUCCAAGUUGACUAAAGUAUGAAUUCCCAUGGUAGGGAUGUCUCGGUCAGCCUUUUCAUAAAAUGUUUGUUGUAAUUUGUUUGAAUAUCAUCAUAAAUGAGUCACCUGGUGUCAAUUACGUUCCUAGUCCUUUGUGUUGCGGAAUGCUGCUGCUGUCCUGCUGAGCGACUGUGGACCAACACCCGAAUUCUGAAGUCACUACCUUAGGAUAAUUAUACCUCUUUAUGUAGGACCCGUCACCACACAUUAAAAAUUUAGCCAAUCCAAGAAUAAUGUAUACAGUAUAUGAGUCACUCAAGUACUUUCAAAAUAUCCCCAAAUGUAUCAGGAUUGGGCCCUAAACCAUCUACAUUACCAGAUUCUUACCUGAUAAUAUGCUGUCUAAAUAGAUGUUAAAGUUUGUUUUUUUAAGACUGUUCAGUAUACAUUGUAUAAAUAAAGAUGUUCAUUCUUGUCUCAAGAAAUAUCUUGUUUACAAAUAUAAAUGUCUUGAAAAUAUAGUCAAUGUUCUUUACUGUUACCCCAGAGCAGUAGAGACACCCAGAGCCUAUAUUAUGGUGACCCCAUUCAAGUGGGCCGAGCAAAGUUUAGGUGGUGGUGCGGAUGAUUCAUGUCACCCAUCAUUAAGGCAACCUCAGGUCAAAGGAGAGUGAUACACUCAUGAUCCCAGUGUGACCUUGCCUGGUCUGGGGCUGACCUGGUGACUAGCAGUGUGUAGGGAUAGGGGACCAGUGACGAUAGGCAUUCCCACGUGACAUGUUCCCACUCUGCCCUACUGGUUGUCAGGAGCUUGUCAUCCUGUCGCAAAAAAGGGUGUUUGUUCUCUUGUUCAUUUGUAUGUACAUAUCUUUGUUGCCCAAAUAUUGUGGGUAUACAGUAAACACAUUACCACAAAAAGUGAUCAUUUGUAAAUUGUAAUAAUGUUAUUGUAUAACCACUCAGCAUAAUGGCUACAUUAUGCACUUGGGCUGCACUAUACAUAGUGCACUCUAAGUGCAUAAGUAAUGAAAGGCAAGUAAUAAUAUCUACAUUAUGCACUAAAGCUACACUUCACAUAGUGUAGUGUAUGUGCAUAAGUAAUAAAAUGUAAGUAAUAAUGUCUACAUUAUGCACUAUACAUAGGUCAACCUAAGUGCAUAAGUAAUAAAAUGGCUUAAAAGAA